GAUAUAGCUCACGUAACCGUUCAGGAUCUAUUUUACGUUCAUGGUGAUUAAUUUCUAGUGUAGCGUUAGAAAAACGGAUGUAAGCCAAUUUAAUCAUGUGAUUAGACUACUUGAUGUAAGUUUUGAGUGUACAGCCUAAUGUCUCUAUUUAUAUGUGAUCAACAGUCACUCUAUUUAACACUCAGUAGUAUACGUUUGUUUGGCAACAGUGCAAAAAUAAGAAAUACGCUACAAGGGUAAAUAAAAUAUCUGUAGAACGAACUAUAUUCGUAUCUUGCGGACGAAUUUAUUUGCGCGUGUAAUACCUGUAUUUGGUGAUAUAGACAGUUAAUUAAAAGGAACAAUUAUGUCAUUGUUUGUAAGAAGCCUGAUUGUCGUCUGCAUUUGUGUCUACUCAUGCGAAUCCAGUAGAGUGAAACGGGGGUUCUGCUCCACGAGAAAUUUAAACAUAAGGAACGGAGAUUACCGAUUACGUUCCGGAAGUUCCGUGGUUGACUACACGUGCAAAUCUGGAUACCAUCUAUAUGGUAUAGACAGGGCAGUGUGCUUCGGCUCCAAGUGGUCCAGUGAUCCACCAAUUUGUAUAGCAAGCACUUGUCAAACCAUCUCGCCGACAGACACUUUGAAGAUCACCCAAGAGUUCGGUGGAGCCUUAUUAAAAUUCACAUGCGCAGCAAUGUAUCAACUAAAAGGCGAAAAAACGCUUAUAUGUGACGGGUCUGACUGGAGUGCACCGACACCAUUGUGUAUCCCGUGGAGGCCACCAGUUUCGUGUGACUUUGAAGACCCGGAACUUUGCGGAUGGUCACAUCACGACAAAGACGAUCAGGACUGGAGAUGGAAUACCGGAAAGACAAGUACGUCACGUACGGGGCCUAGCCAUGACCACACACUUGGCGCUGGAGGAGACGGACAUUACAUGUAUUUUGAGACCUCGAGUCCAACAAGGUUUCAACAUAAAGCGAUUUUACAAUCUCCAUUAUAUCCGGCCAACUAUAGUAAACAGGCUUGUUUCACGUUCUGGUUUCACAUUUUAGGGGAAAGUGAUAUAGGAGAUUACCAGGUGUUUGUUAAGCCAGAAAGUGUGCAAAACGUAUCUUCACUUAACGCCUUGUUCCAUGCAAAUGAAGAUCGGGGUGACGUGUGGUAUGAAGAGUUGAUCCGGGUGAAAAAACAGUCAGAACCUUUCCAGAUAUUAAUGGUGGCAACACGUGGGACUGGGUAUAGGAGCGAUUUCGCCUUUGAUGAUGUCUCUCUGGCACGGUGUGCAGAUGCAAGUUCGGAAAUGAGCUCAUCAACAACUAUAAAACAAUCAACGGUAAAAUUAACAACAAGAAUGACGCCACAACCCACAAAGAAAACAACAACACCCAAACCCAUAACGAAAACAACAAGACCCAAACCGACAACGAAAACAACAACACCCAAACCUACAACAAAAACAACAACAACACCAACAACACAUACGCAUCCAACGACAACGAAACCUCCAACAACUGUUAAAACAACAGAAGCACCAAUAAUUCGGAAAUCAACAACUAGAGUAACUACAUCAAAGCCUACACAAGCACCAUCAACUACACGAAAAGAGAUUGUAACAUCUGCACCACAACACACGAACACAACCACAAAGUCAAAACAAACACUUAAACCUAUAAUCAAUCCAAAUCUGCCUGUGUCUCGGCAAGCAAAACACAUUCCUGGUGAGGAUCGAGCCGGGCCGUCGGUCGUUGUAUGGAUAGUACUUGGAGCUGCAAUACUUUUAGUUGUCAUUGGCGUCGCCCUCGGUUACUAUGUAUAUCAACGAAAGCAGAAACAGCAGCGCGAGAAACUGGGCCCACUUUGUUCCACUAACCCGCUGUAUACGGCAGUAAACGGAGGCGAUGACGCGACCGUAAAUUUUGCCGCCGAAGAAUGCGAUUCGUAUUAAACGUAAAUAAAUCGACGGCAUAAUACGAACUGUGAGUAACUCGUAUAAUUAAAAAAAACAAAGAGAGAGAGAGAGAGAUAUAUACAAUGCUUGAGAUCAAAGAAAUUCACAUGUUCUUUUUGAUACAAUAAAAAUAAAAAUUAAUUAGAUAUAAUCAUGACCUGAAUGGUAAUCAAAGCAAAUUAUUAUUUCAUUUGUUUAUAGUCCAUUGCUGUUUUUUUAAAGUGCAUAUAUAUCAUUUGCAGCGUUUGACCAUGAUAUUUUUUGAAUGUUUUACUAUAAAAUGUAUUUGAUUGAAGCAAAUUUUGCCACAUGUAUUUCAUUGAGAUUUAUUUUGCAAAAAUUAUGUGAUCCAUGCAAUUAAGCUCGACCAUUCAAAGAAUGAGAGCUAUUGCACACACCACAGCGUCGACCACCGAUGUCGGAGUCGUUGUCACACAUUGGUAAAGUUUUUUUGCGUGCAAGUUGGUAUCUCCAAAAUUACUGAAUGAAAUGGGUUAAAACUUCACACACUUGUUCUCUGUGAUUGUUUUAAAGGAUGGACACAGGUCCCAUAACUCUAAGUUACCGUUUUACAAAGAUAUUCCCCUUUUCAAGCACUGAGAAUAGUUGAGAGCGCUGUCUUAACGGACAACUCUUGUUUAUGAGGAACAUUAUGUUUUAUUAUGUACAUGUAUUUUAGCAUGUAAAGUUUGGUGUACAUUUAUAUAAUUUUCAUGAAUAUAAAUGAACUUACUUUUUUAUUAGAAGGACCUGAAAACGUGACAUUUCAUAGCAACCAUAUGUCCGCACGUUUAUCACAAUGGACUGACCGUCAAUUGUUUGGACCCCGGCCAAUCAUUGUUGAAAAUAUAACAAUUUUACAAAUGCUAAUAUUUAAAGCACGUUCGUUUAGUAUUGGCAUUUCCAAAAAUGCUAGGAAUUGUCCUUCAGUCGGAUAUUCGAAAAAAUAUGUCGUUCGUGAAAUAGACUCCUUCCAAAGGAAUAGAGCUAAUGUUUUUAGCUAAAUGUAACCGACAAAAACAUGGUGAAUGGCGCCCCUUGUGAGGUCUUUUGUCGGCCAUUUUGUUAUCAUGUGGUAUUAAACUCUCCAUUUUGAUUGGCUUAGGCCUGUCGGUGUACGGAUAGAAACGGUCAAAUACAGGAACGGCGAUGAUUAGCUUUCAAAGUGCCUUUUAGUCAGUUUAUUGGCCGCUGUUUUAUUCGGUAGAUUGUUUUCAGUGUAACUUGCAGUACUCUCUGUAAAAAAAAUCAGGCGUAUGCAGGUUAUUUGUCCGCUGCUCUUUUUGAUAUCUUACGGAUAUGUUGGUUACCUUCAAGACGCCCUUAUAUCUAAAAAAAAUCCAUUUGUAAUAUAUAAUAGUUCAUUAUAAAAAAGAAACUAUCUACAUGUGUAUAUGUCAUCUCGUGUUAUUUACAUUAUUUUUCUUCUAUUUUUUUCCAUGUUAUAUAAUGCUUCAUUUUUAUAGGGAUAUACCUUUCCAUACAACUUUGUACCCACUUCCAUUUCUAUUUGCUUAGACAUGUGAAUGAAAAGGUAUUUAAAUGAAAAUGUUGAAUUAAUCAGUUAAUAUCGGUUUUACAAGCAUACUAUAACAUCGCCUAAUUUUACUAUAUUAUGUAUAUUAUGUUUAGAUUUUAUGAUAAAAAUGUUAAGUAUUAAGCUAUGUUCACAUACUUAAGAUACAUGUAUAUUGUUUGCAGUGAAUACAACAACUUCCGUGCUUCUAGUCUAAACGGGCUUCAUUGUAUUUAAAAUGACACUGUAUAAGUUGAAUUUUUGAAUUUUUUUUUAUUUGACAUGAUGAUUUUGUCAAUGAGAUCUAAUUUCACGGGGGAGGAACUGUUAUACAGAUGAAGGCGUUUUUCUGAUAACUAGUCCGGAGUUCUUUUGAUAACUGUCACGGAAUUCCUGGAAAACUUAAAGUUUUCCGACGAAAUUCGUAACGUUUUCAAGGAACUCCGUUCAGUAAUCAGAAAAACUCCUGGAAAGUUAACAGGAGAACUCCAUUCUCCGUGUAACAGUUACUCCUCCGUGAAUUUGCAUACUUCAAAAGACAAUUGCAACACUUAAUUAAUGCACUCUUAACGCACAAUAUAAUCUCAUGAGGCGAUCAUAUAAUUAAAUGUGUGACGUCAUCAUAUAGUAUUAUACAUGUAUAUAGCUACUUAAUGACCAACUUGUUGACAUUAUUUCUGUUUUUAUUUGGCGUUUAAAAUUAUUUCUCCCAAUAGGAUUGCAGUAUUUCUGCGCCGCUCUUGACCAAUUAAAUUUUGUUAAUGCUCACUAAUGAACACUUACGUUUACUUGUUGUAUGACGUCACUCUUGACGGACUUCCGGUAAGACUAAAGUCUUGUGCAAUUUAUUAAAUUUUUUUGCUACUUUGUGAAUAAAUGUGCAAUAUGUGUAAACACUCGCCUGACAAUUUUUGAUAUGUAAUCGAUCUUGUUAUUGUUUUGCAAAUCAAUUAUACAUAUAUUUAAUAUAUAUUAUCUUUUGAUGAAAUAUUCAUACAAUGUAUGUGGUCAAUAAAGAUAUUGAACUAAC